AUUCGUGGAACGAGACGUUUCUGUCAGAUAGUUAACUUGGACUUGGUGUAGCAACACAGCUCAAUUCGGCCAUUUUGCUGUUAACGCCGUGAACGCUAUACACGUGUUUGGUCCAAGAUGGCAGUGACGAAGAAACCGGCACCCAAGAAGACCCAGUUGCACCAGAAAACUGGCAAGAAAGGAGUGAAGGGCGGUAAAAUCCGCGGAAAGGGAGCCAAGAGGAAGAUCAGCCUGAAGUUCACCAUCGACUGCACGCACCCGGCCGAGGACAGCAUUCUCGAUGUAGGAAACUUCGAGAAAUACCUCAAGGAACACGUCAAAGUGGAGGGCAAGACCAACAACCUGGGCAACCACGUUGUCGUCGCCAGAGACAAGACCAAGGUCGCCGUCAGCGCAGACAUUCCUUUCUCCAAGAGGUACCUUAAGUACUUGACAAAGAGGUACCUCAAGAAGAACAACCUCCGUGACUGGCUGCGUGUGGUCGCUUCAGCUCACGACUCCUACGAGCUCCGCUACUUCAACAUCAAUGCUGACAGCGACAAUGAAGAUAACGAGGAUUAAGCUGUUCGGAUAAUAAAAUAGUUAUAAACUA